AUGGCCACAACACUACGCCGCCGCGGGCAACAACGCAAGACGCGCCUGGCCGAAGAUGACUCCCAAAUAGACCAUGACUCCAAAGUCGACGAUGAAUGCCCGGCUCAACCUGCGACCCACAUACAUGUCGUGGAAACGGCACCAAAGCGUACGCGCAAGCGGCGAAAUACCUUCAUUUUCAUGCUCGGUGGUCUUUGCGGACUGUUCGCGGCCGGCUUCUUUGCCAAAUCCAACGACCUCAUAGACUUUCCGGAGAUUGGGGAGCUGAGCAUGGACAGUUUCUUCGACGUCCUUCCUGCGGGCUUGAUACGCGAUAUGCGCGAUCUGGUCCAGGGAGAACGCGAGGUCACCGCCGCCUAUGACUCCUUCUCAGUGGGCCUCAAGGUACGAGCCGAAGGCUUGCACGCACACCAUCCCAUGAUCAUGAUACCCGGCGUCAUCUCCACCGGUCUCGAGUCGUGGGGAACAGCCAACACGUCCCGCCAAUACUUCAGGAAGCGCUUGUGGGGUAGCUGGACCAUGAUGAAAGCCUUGGUGAUGGAUAAGGAGUCGUGGAAGAAGCACAUCAUGCUCGACAAGAAGACGGGGCUGGAUCCGCCGGGCAUCAAACUGCGUGCCGCGCAGGGCUUUGACGCCACAGACUUCUUCAUCACGGGGUACUGGAUCUGGAACAAGAUAUUCGAAAACCUGGCGACCAUCGGAUACGACCCUACAAACUCCUUCACAGCGGCGUACGACUGGAGACUGUCAUACCCGAACCUGGAGGUGAGAGAUCGGUACUUUUCCCGGCUAAAGACGCAUAUCGAAUCCGCCGUGCAGUACGACGGGGAAAAGGUGGUUUUGGCAUCGCACAGCAUGGGAAGCCAAGUGGUCUUCUACUUCUUCCACUGGGUUCAAUCCGACCAAGGGGGCCGCGGCGGGGAGGAUUGGGUCGACCGCCACGUCGGGUCCUGGAUCAACAUCAGCGGCUGCAUGCUCGGUGCCGUCAAGGAUCUCACGGCGGUGCUGUCGGGCGAGAUGCGUGAUACAGCUCAGCUGAACGCGUUUGCCGUGUACGGCCUGGAAAAGUUUCUGAGAAAGGAAGAGCGAGCAGAGAUUUUCCGCGCCAUGCCCGGACUGUCCUCCAUGCUGCCGCUCGGCGGCAAUGCCGUAUGGGGAGACCUUGACUGGGCCCCCGACGACAGGCCAAAUCAGAACUUCACUUUUGGCUCGUUGCUCAAUUUCAAGGCUGGUGCCAACUGGUCCACGCCGGACAGGAACAUGACUGUCGAGGAGUCCUUGCAGUACCUCCUUGACACGUCGGACGGUUGGUACUCGAAAUCCGUCAGAGGCAGCUACUCCCACGGCGUCGCGCAAACGGCGAAGGAGGUCGAGGCCAACGAAAAGGACCCGCUCAAGUGGAUAAACCCGCUGGAAACCCGGCUUCCCAACGCCCCGAACCUGAAGAUAUACUGCUUUUACGGCGUAGGAAAGCCGACGGAACGGGCGUACUACUACCGGACAACCGAACAACCGACAAGCACCAAGCUGAAAAUCACCAUUGACACGGGACUCACCGAGGACGAGGUCGACCACGGCGUCGUCAUGGGCGAAGGGGACGGAACCGUCAAUCUCUUGAGCACCGGGUACAUGUGCAACCGGGGCUGGCACAUGAAGCGAUACAACCCGGGCGGGGCGCGAAUCACCGUUGUGGAAAUGCCUCACGAGCCAGAACGGUUCAAUCCCAGGGGAGGACCGAAAACAGCCGAUCACGUCGACAUUCUGGGUCGCCAAAAUCUGAACGAGCUCAUUCUCAGAGUCGCGUCGGGAAAGGGGGACACGAUUGCGAGUUACGUCGUGAGCAAUAUCAGCGAGUAUGCAGCCAAAGUCAAGGUAUACGAUGACGAGGAUGAUGCGGUUGGGGGGGCACGAUGGGGAUGA